UCUACUAUCAAAAUUGAAACCCAAUUCUACACCCAAAAGCAAAGUACUUCCAAAAAUUCAUAUCAUAUCUUCAAUCAGCAAUGCAGUUCAUCAAAUUCACCAUCUUCGCCAUUCACCUCUUCACUGCUGUAUCUGCCGGUGUGGCAGGCACUUCCACUUCGUUCGACCUCAAACUCAAGAAGGACGCGGACGCUGGAGGGUCCGCAGAAAGCCACCGGGGCGUUCUCGUCGAGGAAGCCCAUCUCGAGAAGAGAUCUUGUACAAACAAUGGCUGCACAUGUGCAAAAGGCUCUGCGCAAGGACAGUACUGCGGAUACUGUGACCAGGUCACUGGCAAGGGAAGUGCCACCCUGUGGGGGGUCAACUCGUUUGAGUGUAACCCUUCUGGAGGUUGCUGCUUCUAUGGGUAUACAUCGCAUUGUGAUAGUAGCAGUUGGUCUACUUGGUGCCCGCGAUGAGCAGUAUAGGGUGUGGCUAAGCAAAGUACUUGGUGGGCAGCACUGGUGUUAUCUCAUGGCGAGCAGUCUCACAGAUUGAGACAAAAGUUCUCAUUCCUUUUACACAAUAUCUAUCUUGUUGCAGAGGCCUCUCUAUUAAAUUACAUCUUUCAGCAUAAGUCUCAAUUUUCC